AUCGCUCGAAUCAUAAAUAAUCAUCAAAACCAUUAAUUUGUUCUUUUUGAUUAACCGAUUAAGAAAUUCCUUACUCGUUUAUCUGAAAUACCAAUUAAUUUAUGUUUUAUGAAUAACAAAAUAAAAGAGGGACAAAAAAACGAAGUAAACUUAAUUCCUUUGGUUUCUGUAUAUCCAUCUACCUAUUAUAUCUCUCUGCAAAACAAAAAGGCAAUGGGUAUGUGUGAAUUUUGUUGAACAAUUUGAUACAAGUAGUAGAUGGGUUCUUGUGAGAACUCACUUGAGGUUGAGGUUGUUAACGAACCUCUGGACCAGACUGCUGUUAUGCAGCAGCAGCAGAAGAAGAAUAUGUGCUUGGUAAAAGUUUUGGUUUCUGAGCAGGAUCAGCUCCUGCCUUCCUUGGAGGACGGGUUUGAUAUUAGUAAUGGAAAUGUGGGCCCCACAAAUGUUCUAGAUUGUGGUGAGAUAUCUGGAAGUGUUAAAGCUGGCGGCUGUGUGAGCUCCAGUGAUCUUAUGGAGGGUGUUUCUGUUGUUGAUCACAGAAUUAGCGCGAUGUGUGACAAUGGAAAUGCAGUUCGGUUGGUGCCAGGGAAAUUAGCAGAGGAUGAAUGUGGGUUUACUGGUGGUAAUUUGAAUGAGAGGCAGAGUGGAAUUGAUGACUGCAGUGUUGGAACAGAUGGAUUGUAUUCAGAAAAAGUAGGCUGCUUUGGUGAAAACCAUGGACCGGAGAAAUUACUGGAGAAUAGUAAACAAUCUCUUCUGGAGGGUACUUCUGUUGAUAAGGGAAAUGAGUUGGUUAGUGAGCAUGGAAACAAAGUCAAUUUAGUGUCAGCAAAAUUAUCAGAGAAUGAAUCUGAGAUCAUUGAUUGUGAUUUGAAUGAGAGACGAAGUGGAGCUGAUGAUUGCACUUGCGCUGCAAAAAUAGAUGAAUUUUGUGCUGAUAAAGUGAAGCCUUUUGAUGAAAAUAAUGGAUUAAUGAAUUCUCUUGAGGAUUGUGAUCAGGCUCUGGAAUCAAUACCUUUUCCUGGUUUACUUGAGAAUUAUGAUGAACGGGAUCAGCAGAGGGAUGUCAGGACGGACACUGUUCAAGGAGAUUUUGAAGAGGGAUGUGAUAGUGACGCUGCUACAAGGACUGACAUUUGCGACCAAGUAAGAGAUUCAUUGCUUUUAGAAGUGUCUGCAAAAUUAUGGCCAAUAAAUACUUCUCCGAGAAAUGAGCUUGAGGAGGAAAAACAGCAGGGCAGUAGUACUUCUUUGCAGAGAGAUAUUGUCACGGAAAACAAAAGUGUUAUUGUGACUGGGAUUGACAUCGAUGAUCACAACCAAGUGGAGUCUUCAGUGGACCAUGAUUCUAUGCCACAAUUGAUGCCCACAACAGAAUCACUAAAUAAUUGUCUUCAGCAGGAUGAUCAGACAGUUAACACUUAUUCUGCAGCAGAACAAGUGAUAAACAAUGUUUCACCUCUGAUGAAGGCUACCAUUUGCAACCAGUUGGUCUCUCAUCAAUGCUUUAACAAAUCCAUGGAGUUAAUGCCUUUGAUUGGUUCUCCAGAAAAAAGUGUUCAGCAGGACGAACAGAAGUUUGAUAGGCCUAAUUCAUACUCUGAUGGAGCUACCAAAAGUGACGGUGAAAAUUUAGCUACCAAAAAAAUUAUUGUGGAUGAUAAAAAAUUGUCUUCAUUGGUUGACAAAAUGUGCACGGAAUCAGAUUCAUGUUCUGGUUUUCCAGGGAAUUGUUGCCAACAUAAUGACCUGAAGACCAAUCUUGAAAGUGUACCCUUGAGCAGGGAUGUGAAUCAGACAAGCCAUUCUCUAGCCACACUAGAUUCUGAUGCAUGUAUCCAGAAGUCACCAAAGGGAAAUGAAAUGCCUGAAGAAUUAUCAGUUACAAUUAUUCUAGCGAGUAGUUGUGACAGGCACAAUGAUCAGAAAAGUGGCAAGAGUGUCAAAUGUUUCCCUGCGGAAAGUGUUUCAAUGGACGUUUUGAGAAAAAGUCAUCUAGAUGGAUGCACCGAGGCAUGCCCUUCACAGGCUUGCCAGCAGACCUUGGAGAAUUCAGCAAUGGCCGAUUCCCUUGAUAACUCUGACCAGAAGAAUGAGCGAAGGGAUGAAUAUAGUGUUACUGGUCCUUUUGCAGAAAGCAAGCCUGAUGUCAUUAGAGAGGGAAGUAAUGUUACAACAGAAAUCAAGGUCGAAAUUUGUGGGCACGAAUUGCUGAAGGAAGGACUUGCCCAUGCGAAGGAAUGUUCACCGAAAAUAUCUCUCAAUAGUCCACAGUCAUGUCACUCCUUUGGCGCAACUCGAAGCAGCUCUUGCAGGCAGCAGGAUGUGGCACAUCUUGACAAUGGGUUUUUUAGUGCUGUUGGUCCAGCUGACUUUUCUGAACAGUCAAAUAGUGGAGGAAAAUAUCCUACCAUGAAUGAUAGUCCAUCCAAAACCACAUCUACUGACAUUGGCUCGUCUUCUUCUCGACGGAGCAGCCAGACACAUAAAUCCAGCCAAAAGCCUCAGAAAAAAAGGACUGCUAGUAAAUGCAGGAAAAAGAACAAUGUGCAAGAGCUACAGGUCUUUAAGGCUGAGCGAAGGAAGAGAAGCUGUUUCUCCAAACCAGCACGUUCCUCUAACUGGGGACUGUUAGGGAGCAUCACACAAUUUUUUGAGCAGCAUAAUAGGGAGGAACUUAAUGAAAUUCAGAUUGAUGAAGUAAGCCAAAUAAAGGCUUGCCAAGGGGGUGAAACAGGAAACAAAAUUCAGGCAGGUGGAAGGUUGCAAAGGUCUAGCGUGAAAGGACAUGCUUCAACUAGUGUUAUACGUUUGAAAGUUAAACUGGGAAACGAAGUUGUUCAAAACAGUCAAAAUUAUAUAGUCCCAGAGGUGAUCGACUCCUCAGCAUCUGCUGAUGGUGGUGUUGGUGAUUUUCAGACUAAGUCAUACCGAGGAGCUAGUUUGGAAGUUCCAAACUUUGGUAAUUGUGUGGAAGUUGAAAUGAGGAAAAAGGGGACGGAAGAGCAGCUUGAUUGCUUUGUCAAUAAGUUGGACGAGGCAAGAUUACACUCUGAUGCCUUAGGUUCGGAUGUUCGAGUAGCUUAUAAGGAGGACUCGGGGGGUGUUGUGAUGUCCCAUAAGUCAUCUGAAGAUGCUGAAGCUGAUUAUCAUGGACUUCCCUCUCAUGUAGAGGUUCAAGCAAUGGAUGUGAUAACUGAGAAGGGGUAUGCAGAUCCUGGAACCUCACCAGAUUCAGAAGUCAUCAAUUCAGCUCCUGAAGGCCAGGUUAACACUAGAUGUCAAGAAGAUCUACCUGAUGCUGUUUUGACCUCUUCUAAAGCAUUUGUUACUCCUAGAGUUGUUCUGACCAGUAAGCAAGGAAAGAAAAAAGGUAGAGUCAGCCAUGGCAGAAAAUUGGUACCAGAACAUAGAUCUCCUUUGGUGGCUAGAUCAAACAAAGCUAAAGCAAGUAAGAAUCGAGUGGGCAAGCAAAGGAAGGGUGAUGAAUUAUGCUCAAGCGAGAUUCUCUUUCCAUCCACCAGUGUAAAUGCAUCAAGCAAUUCACUAAGCAGUAAGGAAUUUUCUGAGGAACAGUUACCUUUGUCAAGAGAGACUGAAGUUACAGUCUCUGGAGAGGUUUUGCCAGAAGAACACUGCACAGUAAAUAAAAGUUCUUCCGGUAUGGAUAUAGGUCUGAGGUUAUUAGAACCACAAAAUUCGAGUGAUCUGAUUCCUUCAACUAAAUCUAAAGGUUGUCGACUUCCCAGAAAAUCUGGUGGGUCAACCAAGGGAGAGUCCAAGGUAUCUGACAAAGAAAGAAGCAAGAGAGAAGAUGUCUGUAGACAAAGAAGGAAAGAUAAAAAGUCAAAAAAGAAGGAAGUCAAAGGAAAGGCUGAAUGUAAUGAUUUGACCAACAAAGAAGUUCAUCCAGAAAAAGAUGGCACUGAAAAAUCAGAUUAUCAUGACAUUCCUGCGUCCGCGGAUGUGGCAAAUCUGGACACGGCAUCAAGUGGUGCAGUGGAGCAGCAUUUACCUAUGGAUAAUGCCUGGGUGCGAUGUGAUGCGUGUCUUAAAUGGAGGCGUAUUCCUGUUGCACUUGUAGAUUCUAUCGGUCAGACAAAUUGCCAGUGGGUAUGCAAGGACAACACGGAUAAUGCUUUUGCCGAUUGCUCCAUCCCCCAAGAAAAAUCAAAUGCAGAAAUUAAUGCAGAGUUAGGCAUAUCUGAUGGGGAGGAAGAUGUGUGUGAUGCACCUUCAAAGAACAAGGGAUUAGAACACAAGGCAGUAGAGUAUAUGCAUACAACAGUUUCCAAGGAGCAUGAAUUUUCGCGCAUUUCCACUAAUCAGUUUCGGCACCGAAGCCGUAAGACUCAGACUAUUGAUGAGAUAAUGGUAUGCCACUGCAAGUUGCCUCUCAGCGGAUUAGGCUGUGGGGAUGAAUGCUUGAAUCGAAUGCUGAAUAUUGAGUGUGUUCGAGGCACAUGCCCAUGUGGGGAUCUUUGUUCGAAUCAACAGUUCCAAAAGCGUAACUAUGCCAAAAUGAAGUGGGACAGAUGUGGGAAGAAAGGUUUUGGGCUACGGCUGGAAAAUGAUAUAUCCAGUGGACAAUUUCUCAUUGAAUAUGUUGGAGAGGUACUUGAUAUGCAUACUUAUGAGGCGCGUCAGAGAGAGUAUGCUUAUAAUGGUCAUAAGCAUUUCUACUUUAUGACAUUGAAUGGCAGUGAGGUAAUAGAUGCUUCUGCAAAAGGAAAUUUGGGGCGUUUCAUUAAUCAUAGCUGUGAUCCUAAUUGCCGUACUGAAAAGUGGGUGGUGAAUGGAGAAAUUUGUAUUGGGUUAUUUGCUUUGAGGGAUAUUAAGAAGGGGGAAGAGGUGACAUUUGACUACAACUAUGUGAGAGUGUUUGGGGCUGCAGCAAAAAAAUGUUACUGCAAUUCACCUCAAUGUCGAGGUUAUAUUGGUGGUGAUCCUACAAGCGCUGAGGUAAUUGAGCAAGUUGAUUCAGAUGAAGAAUUUCUCGAACCGGUGAUGCUUGAAUUUGGGGCACAGGGAAAUAGAAGCAAGAAUAAGAUAUCUAGAACCAGUUCCGUUGAUGAUGUGAAACUGCAAGCUACAGAGACUAUACUUAAUGAUAGAGAUAAAUUGAAUAAUUCCAUCGCAGCUGCUGGUAAAAUUAAGGCUGCUGCAGAAAUUGAGUAUCCCAUGAUUUCGUCUUCUGCUGCAGAAAUUGAGGAUCCUAUGAUUCCGUCUUCUGCUGCAGAAAUUGAGGAUCUUAUGAUUCCGUCUGAUCCUAUGAUUCCGUCUUCUGCUGCUAUUAUCCAAUCGCCCAAGUCAUUAGAAAAGGGUGAUUUAAAGGAAAGUUCUCCACCUUCUAGCCAAAAAGCAGAUGAUGCAGCUGCUGAAUUCUUACCAGCUGUUAACCAAGAAACUUCCAUGGAAGAGAUUCAAAGGCUGGAAACGUCUUCAGCUACUAUGCUCAGCAAAUCAUUAUCUGAUGCAAUGGGUGCUAACAAAAAGCCCAAGUCCGAAGAAAAGCGGGUUUUUGUGAAAUCCCGUUUUCUUAUCAAAACAUCACGUGAUUUUGUUGUUGCUAAAAAAGGAAAGUUUGCUAGUUCUUUCAACAGCAACAAAAUACAGGCAAUGGAAAAUAAAGCUCAGAUGCUGGCAUUUAAAUCUAAAAAGUUAAUGGAAGGUAUCACUAAUGGCCGUUUUGAAGCAGUUGAGGGGAAACUUAAUGAGUUGUUGGAUAGUGAUGGCGGAAUAAGCAAACGAAAAGAUUCUGCUAAAGGUUAUUUGAAGUUUCUACUUCUUACUGCAGCAUCUGGUGCUAGUGGAAAUGGUGAAGCAAUUCAGAGCAAUCGAGAUCUUUCAAUGAUUCUUGAUGCGCUUCUAAAAACAAAAUCACGGAUGGUUUUAAUUGAUGUAAUCAACAAAAAUGGUUUGCGGAUGCUUCACAACAUGUUGAAGCAGUACCGUAGUGACUUUAAGAAGACACCAAUUCUCAGGAAGCUUUUGAAGGUUAUAGAAUAUUUGGAAGCGAGAGAGAUACUUACACAAGAACACAUCUAUGGAGGUCCUCCUUGCGCUGGAAUGGAGAGCUUUAGGAAAUCAAUGUUGUCAUUGACAGAGCACAAUGACAGACAGGUUCAUCAGAUUGCAAGAAGUUUUCGAGACAGAUGGUUUCCUCGUUAUGGCAGAAAAUAUAGCAAUAUGGAAUGGGAUGAUGGAAGGAUGGAGCUCCACAGAGGUUCAAUGAGCAAUAGAAUUUCAGAUUCACAGAAUCAUAUGCGUGAUCUGGAUGGAAGGUCUACCGAAGCAAUAGAUGGUUUGAUGCAGCUAAAGCCUGCAACAGCUUCAAUAGACACUACUGCUCAUGAGGGCUGUUCUUUGCCUUGUGUUGGUGAUGGUACAAAAACUCGCAAGCGUAAAAGUCGAUGGGAUCAAGAGAAAAAACCAUCUCCAAGGUCUCAUCAGCAUGAUGAACAAAGGAUUCAAUCUGGACAUAUUCCAACACCUGACAUAAGUAAGGAAGUUUCAGAUCAUAUAGAGAAAGGAAGCACAGAGAACAACGCUUGUCCACAUUGUAUGCGCAAUUAUUUUCGACAAGUUGAAGCUAAUCGUACUGACAGUGGAAGCCAGAAUUCUCAAAGUCCUGUACCACCUGGAUUCUCAUCUCCUCUUAGCCCUGCUCUGGUUUCACUCAAUGCAUCAUCAUCUGUUGCUGACCACCCCCAACAGAAGGGUUGUUUGAUGUUUCCGGCUGGUGUGGUUGUUGGACAGCCACAGAGGAAAUUUCUCUCUCGCCUGUCCGUCUCUUAUGGGAUUCCAUUGUCUAUUGUGCAGCAAUUUGGGUUGCCUGAGGGUGGAAGUAUGGAGAGUUGGGGAAUUGCUCCAGGCAUGGCUUUUCAUCCUUUCCCGCCGCUGCCUCCGUUUCCUCAACAUAAGAAUGAAAUGUCAUCUGCUCCUGCAGUUAACUCUAUGGAGAUCGAUGCAACUACAGUAGAAGGUCAACAAUGCAGACAAGAUCCUGCCUCUUGUUCUCCCAGUGAAAGAAGUCCGAGCACGAGUGAUGCUAAUAAACCAAAUGUAGAAGUUCCUGGUGCAAAUACCCAACAAACUUUGAAACGAGCUAGACCUGAGUCAGAAGAUCUAGGUAUGAGGUACUUUAGACAGCAGAAGUGGAAUAAAGGACCUCCAUGGCUACCGCAAAGUAAUGGUUUAGAGAGUGUAACAACUGAGUCCACAAAUUCUUAUUGUCCACAAGAUGUAAGCUAUAAAGAGGAGAAAACUGGGGAAUGCAUUAAUCAGCUAAACAGGACCUAAUGACUUACUGAUUUUUUCAUCCAUACUUAAUUGUAUUCUCAAUUUUUUUUCCUGUUUCAGGGUUUUAAUUUCAAUGGAAAAGUUCAUUCAAUUCAGAAA